AUGUCGCUCUCAUCUGACAAGCGCGCUCGGUACACCGAGAUCAUCGAUUCGAUCCUUGCCAAAAGCGACCUCAACACCAUCUCCGAGAAACGGAUUCGCAAAGGUCUCCAAGAUGUCAUUGGCUACGAUCUCACUCCGCAGAAGACUGAGAUCAAGCAGCUCAUCAUGGAGCGGUUCGAUAUUGUCGCUGAACGAAAUGGCGUUGCGGCGUCACCCGAGGCAACUCCCGCGUCCAAUGGCGUCGGAGAUGGCGAGUCGGUCUCGGGUGCGGUUCCCUCUCCUCCACCAUCGUCCUCACCGGUGAAACGCGAUCCUGAUAGCGACGAAGGGUCCGAGCCGACUAGAGGCGCGCCCCCCACCAAAAAGCGGAAGCCCGAUGUCGACGCGGACGCCUUGUUCGCAGCCAAGCUGCAGGCGGAGGAGAAUCUGCGCGCACGACCUACAAGAGGGGGUGGCCCCCGGCGAACAGCUCCCACUAAGAAGCGGAGCAAGGCCAAGACUGCGAAACGGAUUAAGGCUGAAGAUGACUCCGAUAUCGAGUCGGGCUCGGACACCAAGAAGGAGGUCAACCGGACCGGUGGAUUCCAUAAACCGCUCAACCUUUCGCCGCCCUUGUCCGCAUUGCUCGGCGAGGUCACGCUGUCUCGACCUCAGACGGUGAAGAAGGUCUGGCAGUACAUCCGUGACCACGACCUGCAGGACCCAAGCGACCGCCGACAGAUCCGCUGUGAUGAGGCCAUGCGCGCCGUCUUCAAACAGGACCGGGUCCACAUGUUCACCAUGACCAAGAUCCUGAACCAGAACCUGUACAACCCGGACGAAUAG